AUGAGUCAACCAAAAGAUGUGAAGGCUGAGUUAGUCUUCUGGGAGAGGCUUGAGAACCAGAGUAUGGAGGUGGAUUUCACGAAGAUGGCGCCGGAGAAGUGCAUGGCAGCGAUGAUCGAGCCCGACAACGUCCGGACUGCGCAUAUAAAGGACAUUCGGGGCAAAGAAGCACAGUAUAAUCUAAGACUGAACGGGUUUCAGUAUGUGUGGCAUGACAUGCCAGAACUCGAAGGCGUGGCAGAGAAAAGCCAUGUGGGGAAUGUCAUUGUUCCAAAAACAGAGGCCCUCGUGCGCCAGAUAACGGGCGCCACGCGAACUGUCACUUUCGCCCAUCGCGUGCGAUGCCUCAGUGAGGACGAGGCCAUGCUCGCCAAUAACCGGGCCCCGGCCCAUAGUGUGCAUUCCGACUUCACGCCUGCGGGUGCGCUGAAGAAUUUGGAGUCGGUGAUUCCAGAUGCAGCUGAGAGAGAGGAGCUAUUGAAGCGUCGGAUAUUGGCCAUUAAUGUCUGGCGACCGUUGAAGACUGUCCAGCGAGAUCCUCUAGCUGUGUGUGACUGGGCCACGCUCAAUUGGCAGGAGGACCGAAUUACGAGUCGUAUGGUCCUGCCACAUGGAUGGCAUGAGCUGGGCAAGUAUGCGUUCCGGGAGAGUCAGGGAUGGUAUUAUCUUAGCGAGCAGCAACCCCAGGAGGCAUUGAUCUUCACGCAGUUCGACAGCGAGAGCGAGCAGGCAGAGGAAGGAGGCAUGACAUUGCCUCACACGGCGUUCGUGGUACCAGAUACGGAGACGCUUCCUGCAAGGGAGAGUAUUGAGAUCAAGAUGUUUGCCUUUCUCUGA